GCGUACACGAGGAGCACUGAACCGAGACGUGACUUGCGCUGUUGUAAUUCCCGGGCAUUUAUCGGUGAGGAGAACUGUAGGCUGUGUUCUGCGCCGGUGCGGGUUGUCCAUCAGACUUCAUUCAAGGUGCCCGUUUUCCCCGUGGGGAUGAAGACCUUCUACUUGGGCGUGGCCACAGUGCUGGCCGGGCUGUGUCUAGCGCUUAUGUGUGACGCGGAACCUGACAGCCGUCUCAGGCUGAGAAUAUCUUCCCGGCGCAAUAAACGACAAGCUACCACAAGGCUGAACUUGACUACUACCACUCCAUCGUAUAACAGUACCACAUCCUCGAACUCAUCCUAUCCAUCAGCAACGACUGGAAGUGCAAAUUGGGUCUCAACCCCCUAUAAUCCUUGGCUGAACUGGACUACUACUACUCCAUCGUAUAACAGUACCACAUCCUCGAACUCAUCCUAUCCAUCAGCAACGACUGGAAGUGCAAAUUGGGUCUCAACCCCCUAUAAUCCUUGGCUGAACUGGACUACUACUACUCCAUCGUAUAACAGUACCACAUCCUCGAACUCAUCCUAUCCAUCAGCAACGACUGGAAGUGCAAAUUGGGUCUCAACCCCCUAUAAUCCUUGGCUGAACUGGACUACUACUACUCCAUCGUAUAACAGUACCACAUCCUCGAACUCAUCCUCCUGUUCCCAAACUCUAUCUGGUACGGAGGGAAGUUUCAGCAGCCCUGGAGCGGGAGAGGGAGCGUCGUACUCUGGCAACCUUGACUGCCUCUACACCAUUCCCUCACCACCACCAGGGAGCCUAAUUGACAUAACAUUCAUGCUGUUCCAAUUGGAAAGCCAUUCCUCUUGCGACUAUGCCUACGUCCAGUUCUCCUACACCCGCCAGAAGAUCUGUGGAAUCAGGACCACGCCUCUGUCAUUCUCCUUUACAUCCCUGGAGACGGACUUCAAGAUAUACUUCCACUCUGACGGUUCAGUUCAUCAUUCUGGUUUUCUUGCAGCAUUUAGGAUUCGAGAAAAUCCAACACCAACGACUGGUAGUUCUUAUCGGAACUCUACAAGCUAUAAUCCUUGGCUGAACCGGACUACUGUCACUCCAUGGUAUUACAGGACCACAACCUCUUACAAUCCAACACCAACGACUGGUAGUUCUUAUCGGAACUCUACAAGCUAUAAUCCUUGGCUGAACCGGACUGCAACCACUCCGUGGUAUUACAGGACCACAACCUCUUACAAUCCAACACCAACGACUGGUAGUUCUUAUCGGAACUCUACAAGCUAUAAUCCUUGGCUGAACCGGACUGCAACCACUCCGUGGUAUUACAGGACCACAACCUCUUACAAUCCAACACCAACGACUGGUAGUUCUUAUCGGAACUCUACAAGCUAUAAUCCUUGGCUGAACCGGACUGCAACCACUCCGUGGUAUUACAGGACCACAACCUCUUACAGGCUGAACCGGACUGCAACCACUCCGUGGUAUUACAGGACCACAACCUCUUACAAUCCAACACCAACGACUGGUAGUUCUUAUCGGAACUCUACAAGCUAUAAUCCUUGGCUGAACCGGACUGCAACCACUCCGUGGUAUUACAGGACCACAACCUCUUACAGGCUGAACCGGACUGCAACCACUCCGUGGUAUUACAGGACCACAACCUCUUACAACAGCUGUUACCACGUCAUGACAGACGCUGCAGGGCAGAUCCAGGUCCCUGACGAUGGCAGCACUACCUACUCACCUAACGUCAACUGUCUGUUCACCAUCAGGCCUCCAGCAGGUGGGGCUUGGAUUGUUAACAUUACACUGGAGGAGUUCGACGUGCAGAGAUAUUAUUCCUCCUACAGUAACAGUUUCUCCACCUCCUGCAGCAUGGACUACAUACAGAUACUCUACGAUGGCUACUCCUCCUCCAGGAUGUGCGGAACGAGGACAUCACCCAUAUCAUACAUAUACAACCUCGUUGAAAGUGACCUGAACAUCACCUUUCACAGUGAUAGCUCCACUGAGAGGAGUGGAUUCAACAUAACCUACACGUACAUAAACAACACCUGUGUGACGGACCUCGACCAGAAUACUGGUACAAUCCGCAGCCCUGUGACUGAGGGUGGGGUGACCUACCCAACAAACACCUUGUGUAUUUACUACCUCGACCUGGGAGAUUCCCUCAAGACUGUUACUUUCACAGUCAGGGUCUUUGAUGUAAACUGUAGUGAUUCCUUCACCGUCCAUGAUCAGCGUUUCUGUGGAGACAGGAUGCACCAGACGUCCUUCAACCUGACUGGGAGGAUCAACAUCACCUUCGUGUCUGAUAGUGCUGGGACAGGUCGAGGGGUGGAUGUCGACUACCAUGUGACUAACUACACUUGUGACAGAGUUUAUCAUGGAACGUCAGGCAACGUCGACUCAUAUUACUUGUCGAAUAUGAUUUUGGCCCAAGACUUGGACUGUGAAUACAUCGUUCGUCCCCCAUACUACCCCUUCCUCAUGACAAUGUACUUCAGUCCAUUCUAUAUGCCGUACAACUUCAUGAACAACAACGGCACUUGUUCUGGCAGCUAUGUUGAGAUCGGUGGCACACAGUACUGCGGAACGGUUUACGGAGAAUAUAACUACACAUCGACGAAUCGCGACCUUUCUAUGAGGUAUCACCACUCUGUAAACUCGCACGCAGGGGGAAGUGAAGGCUUUCACAUUUUUUACUACAUAAGGCCUGUCUCAUGUAACAUAACGCUGACCGACAAUGCCGGCUCCAUCAACAGUUACUCUGUCUACGGCAAUGAGUCCGUGUAUGGACAUUCCUACAACCACAGCACUCACUGCAUCUUCACCAUAACGAAAGAAGCAGAUGUGGGUCAGACAAUUGUCUUUAAUCUCAAUCAGUUUCAUCUGGAAGACCCUGACAACAGCACAUCAGUGUGCAAUGACUAUGUUGAUAUGAAUGGCGAACAGAGAUUGUGUGGAUACCAAUACGGGACUCGCAGCUUCAGCUUUGAUGGUACAUUUGUCGUGAUCUUCAUCAGUGACAAUAGUCAAACAAACAGGGGCUUUAACAUCCGUUACAACAUCGUUCCAGAUGGUUGUCUCGUCUCGUACAGCGCGACUGAAGGCAAUCUUAUCAGCCCUAUAACAAGCAGUGGUCUGUACCACAACAACCUUGACUGCCGAUACACCAUAUUAACGCCAUAUGACCUGACCAAGGUCACAGUCACUGUCAAUAAUUUUGACCUUGAAUCCCCUUCGUACAGUUCGAGCUACUGUUACAACGACUAUGUAUACUAUUCAGACGUGUCCUACAGUACCGGGAGGUAUUGUGGUGUCAUCGCUGCAGGAACCACGUUUACCUGGUACACAAAUACAAGACAGUUUGACAUGGUCUUUCAUACGAACAACGAGAUCAGUAGGCAAGGGUUCAACGUGUCCUACAGGAUUGAGGAAGAUCGUUGUGACCAACUGUUUACCGACUCCAAUGGCGAAAUAAGGAGUCCCGUCUACAGUACUGGUCUCUACAGAAAUAAUCUGAACUGCACCUAUAUCAUCAGACCUCCAACACAGGGUCCAUACAGGUUCAAUCUGACGUACUCUCAGUUUGACGUUCAGAGGACGUACUACAACUCCUCAUCUUACAGUCUGAGUACAUCAUGUGGCUACGACUACGUGGAGACCAGGUUCUCAGGACUCACCGGCACCAGCAGACUGUGUGGCAGAAUGAGCUCACCAAGAACGUACUUUUAUAACACACUUGGUGGCGAUUUUGCCAUUCACUUCGUCACUGAUAGAUCUAUCCUACGACGUGGAUUUGUGUUGGAUUAUUCAUUUGAAGAAAACAGCUGUGUCCAGGUGAUAACAGAUGCUCAAGGGGAGAUCCAGGUCCCUGGCGAUGGCAGCGCAACCUACUCACCUAACCUCGACUGUCUGUUCACCAUCAGGCCUCCAGCAGGUGGGGCAUGGAUUGUUAACAUUACUCUUGAGGAGUUCGACGUGCAGAGAUAUUAUAACUCCUACAGUAACAGUUUCUCCACCUCCUGCAGCAUGGACUACAUACAGAUACUCUACGAUGGCUACUUCUCCUCCAGGAUGUGCGGAACGAGGACAUCACCCAUAUCAUACAUAUACAACAUCUUUGAAAGUGACCUGAACAUCACCUUUCACAGUGAUAGUUCCACUGAGAGGAGUGGACUCAAAAUAACCUACACGUACAUAAACAAUACCUGUGUGACGGACCUCGACCAGAAUACUGGUACAAUCCGCAGCCCUGUGACUGAGGGUGGGGUGACCUACCCAACAGACACCUUGUGUAUUUACUACCUCGACCUGGGAGAUUCCCUCAAGACUGUUACUUUCACAGUCAGGGUCUUUGAUGUAAACUGUAGUGAUUCCUUCACCGUCCAUGAUCAGCGUUUCUGUGGAGACAGGAUGCACCAGACGUCCUUCAACCUGACUGGGAGGAUCAACAUCACCUUCGUGUCUGAUAGUGCUGGGACAGGUCGAGGGGUGGAUGUCGACUACCAUGUGACUAACUACACUUGUGACAGAGUUUAUCAUGGAACGUCAGGCAACGUCGACUCAUAUUACUUGUCGAAUAUGAUUUUGGCCCAAGACUUGGACUGUGAAUACAUCGUUCGUCCCCCAUACUACCCCUUCCUCAUGACAAUGUACUUCAGUCCAUUCUAUAUGCCGUACAACUUCAUGAACAACAACGGCACUUGUUCUGGCAGCUAUGUUGAGAUCGGUGGCACACAGUACUGCGGAACGGUUUACGGAGAAUAUAACUACACAUCGACGAAUCGCGACCUCUCUAUGAGGUAUCACCACUCUGUAAGCUCGGACACAGGGAGAAGUGAAGGCUUUCACAUUUUUUACUACAUAAGGCCUGUCUCAUGUAACAUAACGCUGACCGACAAUGCCGGCUCCAUCAACAGUUACUCUGUCUACGGCAAUGAGUCCGUGUAUGGACAUUCCUACAACCACAGCACUCACUGCAUCUUCACAAUAAAGGGGGAUGACGAUGUGGGUCAGACAAUUGUCUUUAGUCUCAAUCAGUUCCACCUGGAGGACCCUGACAACAUCACAUCUGUCUGUAAUGACUAUGUGGAUAUAAAUGGCGAACAGAGAUUGUGUGGAUACCAAUACGGGACUCGCAGCUUCAGCUUUGAUGGCACAUUUGUCGUGACCUUCAUCAGUGACAAUAGUCAGACAAACAUGGGCUUCAACAUCCGUUACAACAUCGUUCCAGAUGGUUGUCUGGUGUCGAACACCGCGACUGAAGGCACUCUUAUCAGCCCUAUAACAAGCAGUGGUCUGUACCACAACAACCUUGACUGCCGAUACACCAUGUUAACAUCCUACACCCAGACUAAGGUCACGGCCACCGUCAACAACUUUGACCUUGAAUCUCCAUCUUACAGUACGAGGUCGUGUGACAACGACUACAUAUACUUCACAGACGGGUCCUACACUUCCGGGAGGUACUGUGGUGCCAUCGCUGCAGGAACCAUGUUUACUUGGUACACAAACACAAGAGAGAUUGACAUGGUCUUUCAUACAAACAACGAGAUCAGUAGGCAAGGGUUCAACGUGUCCUAUAGGAUUGAGGAAGAUCGUUGUGACCAACUGUUUACCGACUCCAAUGGCGAAAUAAGGAGUCCCGUCUACAGUACUGGUCUCUACAGAAAUAAUCUGAACUGCACCUAUAUCAUCAGACCUCCAACACAGGGUCCAUACAGGUUCAAUCUGACGUACUCUCAGUUUGACGUUCAGAGGACGUACUACAACUCCUCAUCUUACAGUCUGAGUACAUCAUGUGGCUACGACUACGUGGAGACCAGGUUCUCAGGACUCACCGGCACCAGCAGACUGUGUGGCAGAAUGAGCUCACCAAGAACGUACUUUUAUAACACACUUGGUGGCGAUUUUGCCAUUCACUUCGUCACUGAUAGAUCUAUCCUACGACGUGGAUUUGUGUUGGAUUAUUCAUUUGAAGAAAACAGCUGUGUCCAGGUGAUAACAGAUGCUCAAGGGGAGAUCCAGGUCCCUGGCGAUGGCAGCGCAACCUACUCACCUAACCUCGACUGUCUGUUCACCAUCAGGCCUCCAGCAGGUGGGGCAUGGAUUGUUAACAUUACUCUUGAGGAGUUCGACGUGCAGAGAUAUUAUAACUCCUACAGUAACAGUUUCUCCACCUCCUGCAGCAUGGACUACAUACAGAUACUCUACGAUGGCUACUUCUCCUCCAGGAUGUGCGGAACGAGGACAUCACCCAUAUCAUACAUAUACAACAUCUUUGAAAGUGACCUGAACAUCACCUUUCACAGUGAUAGUUCCACUGAGAGGAGUGGACUCAAAAUAACCUACACGUACAUAAACAAUACCUGUGUGACGGACCUCGACCAGAAUACUGGUACAAUCCGCAGCCCUGUGACUGAGGGUGGGGUGACCUACCCAACAGACACCUUGUGUAUUUACUACCUCGACCUGGGAGAUUCCCUCAAGACUGUUACUUUCACAGUCAGGGUCUUUGAUGUAAACUGUAGUGAUUCCUUCACCGUCCAUGAUCAGCGUUUCUGUGGAGACAGGAUGCACCAGACGUCCUUCAACCUGACUGGGAGGAUCAACAUCACCUUCGUGUCUGAUAGUGCUGGGACAGGUCGAGGGGUGGAUGUCGACUACCAUGUGACUAACUACACUUGUGACAGAGUUUAUCAUGGAACGUCAGGCAACGUCGACUCAUAUUACUUGUCGAAUAUGAUUUUGGCCCAAGACUUGGACUGUGAAUACAUCGUUCGUCCCCCAUACUACCCCUUCCUCAUGACAAUGUACUUCAGUCCAUUCUAUAUGCCGUACAACUUCAUGAACAACAACGGCACUUGUUCUGGCAGCUAUGUUGAGAUCGGUGGCACACAGUACUGCGGAACGGUUUACGGAGAAUAUAACUACACAUCGACGAAUCGCGACCUCUCUAUGAGGUAUCACCACUCUGUAAGCUCGGACACAGGGAGAAGUGAAGGCUUUCACAUUUUUUACUACAUAAGGCCUGUCUCAUGUAACAUAACGCUGACCGACAAUGCCGGCUCCAUCAACAGUUACUCUGUCUACGGCAAUGAGUCCGUGUAUGGACAUUCCUACAACCACAGCACUCACUGCAUCUUCACAAUAAAGGGGGAUGACGAUGUGGGUCAGACAAUUGUCUUUAGUCUCAAUCAGUUCCACCUGGAGGACCCUGACAACAUCACAUCUGUCUGUAAUGACUAUGUGGAUAUGAAUGGCGAACAGAGAUUGUGUGGAUACCAAUACGGGACUCGCAGCUUCAGCUUUGAUGGCACAUUUGUCGUGACCUUCAUCAGUGACAAUAGUCAGACAAACAUGGGCUUCAACAUCCGUUACAACAUCGUUCCAGAUGGUUGUCUGGUGUCGAACACCGCGACUGAAGGCACUCUUAUCAGCCCUAUAACAAGCAGUGGUCUGUACCACAACAACCUUGACUGCCGAUACACCAUGUUAACAUCCUACACCCAGACUAAGGUCACGGCCACCGUCAACAACUUUGACCUUGAAUCUCCAUCUUACAGUACGAGGUCGUGUGACAACGACUACAUAUACUUCACAGACGGGUCCUACACUUCCGGGAGGUACUGUGGUGCCAUCGCUGCAGGAACCAUGUUUACUUGGUACACAAACACAAGAGAGAUUGACAUGGUCUUUCAUACAAACAACGAGAUCAGUAGGCAAGGGUUCAACGUGUCCUAUAGGAUUGAGGAAGAUCGUUGUAACCAACUGUUUACCGACUCCAAUGGCGAAAUAAGGAGUCCCGUCUACAGUACUGGUCUCUACAGAAAUAAUCUGAACUGCACCUAUAUCAUCAGACCUCCAACACAGGGUCCAUACAAGUUCAAUCUGAGGUACUCUCAGUUUGACGUUCAGAGGACGUACUACAACUCCUCAUCUUACAGUCUGAGUACAUCAUGUAGUUACGACUACGUGGAGACCAAGUUCUCAGGACUCACCAGCACCAGCAGACUGUGUGGCAGGAUGAGCCCACCAAGAACAUACUCUUAUAACACACUAGGUGGCGAUUUUGCCAUUCACUUCGUCACUGAUAGAUCUAUCCUACGACGUGGAUUUGUGUUGGAUUAUUCAUUUGAAGAAAACAGCUGUGUCCAGGUGAUGACAGAUGCUCAAGGGGAGAUCAAGGUCCCUGGCGAUGGCAGCGCAACCUACUCACCUAACCUCGACUGUCUGUUCACCAUCAGGCCUCCAGCAGGUAGGGCGUGGGCUGUUAACAUUACACUGGAGGAGUUCGACGUACAGAGAUAUUAUUCCUCCUACAGUAACAGUUUCUCCACCUCCUGCAGCAUGGACUACAUACAGAUCCUCUACGACGGGUACUCCUCCUCCAGGAUGUGCGGAACGAGGACUUCAACCAUUUCGUACAUACAUAACAUCGUUGAUGGGGAUCUGAACAUCACUUUCCACAGUGACAGUUCCACCCAGAAGAGGGGAGUUCGGAUCAGAUACUCCUACACAGAAAAUAUUUGUGACCACGUAUUCACCGACAGCCACGGUGUGAUCGAGAGUCCAAACGGCGGUAAUUACUACUACCACAACAACAUGUUCUGCAGUUACACCAUUAUGGGCGGGAACGACCUCUACACCAUUUUCUACAACAUCUCCUAUUUCGAAUUAUACUACACAAGAAGUUGUAAUGGCGACUACCUUGAAUUCCCCGACGGCCAGCGGUACUGCGGGACCUACAUGAGAAACAUAUCAUUUUCAACAGUAGGCAACACCAGUUUGACCUUUCGCUCAGAUGCAUCUUAUGCAAAUCGAGGUUUCCGACUUAGCUACAAGGUGCUCCCGUUCAACUGCUCCCGGGUUUACACAGAGCAGGGUGGCAUGAUCUCCGACCCUGACCUUUCUGGCGUGGACUUCAGUGGAGACAUCAGAUGUGACUACACAUUCCUUGUGCCCUUCUACCCUUUCAUUGUAACCUUCACCCCCCUCCAGUUUGGGCUCCAGGACGCGGGCACAGACGGCGUGUGCACCACAGAGUAUGUCAGUCAGGACGGGGGUCGAUUCUGUGGCCAACGCAAUGAAUCGUGGCAAGCAAAUUCAGCAGACAAUGCAAUGGAACUGCAUUACUUCAGCACUGGCGCCGUGAGGGGAAACUACUCCGUGUUAUAUCACGUGACUCCAGGAAUGUGCAACAUGACCUACACGGGCCGAUCUGGUAGCAUCAGUGGCAAUAUGUCCAGCGAUAGCAGCAACUCAUCAUGUUACUACAGGAUACAGAACAAUAUGGCAUCAUCACAGAUACACAUCCGAUUGGUCUCUCAAUCAAGCAGUGACUCGCAUGCUGAAUGUAACUACUUCGACUUUGACGGCCUUGACAGGAGAUGUGGCUACAAUGGAACAAGUGGCACCGAGAUAACAUAUGCCUAUGAUGGCGACUUCCAGAUAACUCUGUUCCACGCGGCUGACAUGGAGCCACCGUCGUUCUUCUUGUACUACACUAUUGUACCGGAAAACUGCAUCCAGCAAUUUACAUCGGACACGGGAACAUUUGCGAGUCCAGCUGAUGUUGACGGAAACUACGUGAACGACUUGGCGUGCACCUACACCAUCAGUGGCGGUAGUUCCCCCUACAUCCUCCGCCUCAACUUCGUCUCUCUCGACCUUCAAUACUCCUACAACUGCAACAACGACUACGUCCGAUUCAGCUACAGAGGAUCCUCUGGUUACACUACCACCACUUCAAGAUACUGUACAGGGCCUCGCUCACUCAGGUAUUCUGUGUCGAGUGGGGAUUUCAAGGUAUCUUUUGUAACGGACUCUCGUGAAGUAAGGAGUGGAUUCAAUGUAACAUACGUCAAAACACCAGUCAGCUGUAACCUGACCCACACGGCCGACGAGGGCACUAUAGAGAGCACCCCUGGAGAUGGCUCCUACUACCCUAACAACGCCUACUGUACGUACACUGUACAGGGGAACUCCAGCCUGCAGACUCUGCAGCUCACUGUACAGACCUUCUCCCUGGAGUAUCAGUCCAGCUGCUACUACGACUCGCUCCAGUUCGGCUCAACUUCCAGCAGGAAAUACUGCGGGAGCUCUCUGUACGCCGGCAGGGUUCUCACGUAUACAUUCACGAACACCUUCACCUUAUACUUCAAGACAGACUACAGCGUUACUAGGAGAGGAUUCUCCAUUAAUUACAGGACGGUGCCAUAUGUCCCCACAACCACUACAACAACUACAACAACUACAACAACAACAGCACCGCCAACACCCAACUGUAAUGAGACGUUCACCGCAUCCAACGGCCAGCUUCGUAGUCCAAACUCCCCCUACCACUACCCCAACAACAUCUACUGCCGCUACACGUUUGUGGGAAGUGGACAGACACAGUCUAUAACACUGGAUUUCACCAGCUUCGCUGUGGAAAACCAUGCCAGCUGUAGAUGGGAUUGGGUCAUCAUCAGUGGCGGGAACAAGAGGUGUGGCUUCACGGAAUUCAGCAGUACAUAUACAUUUGUUGGGAACUUUACGGUGGAAUUCCGUACAGAUGGAAGUGUCACCUACAGUGGAUUUGUGGCCAACUACGUUGUUAGUGACGCUGUGAACGCCACCACGCCCACUCCCGGCAGUACAGCGACAUGCACGGCUACCUUGUCAUCAUUAUCUGGCAGCAUCAUGAGCGCCCCAGGUGACGGCAGCAACUACUUGGACAACACCCGGUGCUACUACACCUUCACAGCGACAUCCUACCCGAGAACCAUUACCUUCACCUUCACAACCUUCGAGCUGGAGAGUCAUUCCUCCUGCAGAUAUGACUACCUCCAGUUUAACGGUGGCGUGAAGAAAUGUGGAACUAUCUCUAAUCUCGUGUAUACUGAUACGAUGAACGGCCAGUACCGUGUCACCUUCUACACUGACUCAUCAGUCACACGCCGUGGCUUCGUGGCCACCUACCAGAUCAGCGACGUUAUUGACGCAGCAACCACCAGUCUUCCCGCCGGGGUACUUUCAAACAACGGUGCCUGUGGCACAACGCUGACAUCUUCCACGGGGCGCAUCUACUACCCAACUACCGCCAGUUACACCAACAACGUCCGUUGCCAGGUGACUAUCAGACCUGGGGCUGGACAGACAUUCAACGUCACCUUCACAGACUUCGACCUCGAGUAUCACUCCACCUGCUACUACGACUCACUAGAGUUCCAGAUGUACGGGGUCACCUCUACGAAGAACUGCGGUCGCAACAGAGCAGGGCUCACUCUGAGCUUCCCCUACACCAGCGGUGACAUCGUGAUGUACUUCAGGAGUGAUGGCAGCGUCACAGGAAGAGGCUUUGAUCUCAACUAUCAAGUGAUCUAGGGACAAAUAUGAUUUUCCUGUCUGUGGGCUGCCUCCGGAAUCUGCUGUUAUUGCCCCGCCAGUUAUAACGGUGUUACAUGAGUAUUGAUGAGACGCGUCAUUCAGUUAUGACGGUGUUACGUGAGUAUUGAUGAGACGCGUCAGUCAGUUUCAACGGUGUUACAUGAGUAUUGAUGAGACGCGUCAUUCAGUUAUAACGGUGUUACAUGAGUAUUGAUGAGACGCGUCAGUCAGUUAUAACGGUGUUACAUGAGUAUUGAUGAGACGCGUCAUUCAGUUAUAACGGUGUUACAUGAGUAUUGAUGAGACGCGUCAGUCAGUUAUAACGGUGUUACAUGAGUAUUGAUGAGACGAGUCUGUCAGUUAUAACGGUGUUACAUGAGUAUUGAUGAGACGAGUCUGUCAGUUAUAACGGUGUUACAUGAGUAUUGAUGAGACGCGUCAGUCAGUUAUAACGGUGUUACAUGAGUAUUGAUGAGACGCGUCUGUCAGUUAUGACGAUGUUACAAGAAUAUUGAUAAGACGCGUCAGUCAGUUACAACGGUGUUACAUGAGUAUUGAUGAGACGCGUCAGUCAGUUAUAACGGUGUUACGUGAGUAUUGAUGAGACGAAUCAGUCAGUUAUAACGGUGUUACAUGAGUAUUGAUGAGAUGAGUCUGUCAGUUAUAACGGUGUAACAUGAGUAUUGAUGAGAUGAGUCUGUCAGUUAUAACGGUGUAACAUGAGUAUUGAUGAGACGAGUCUGACAGUUAUAACGGUGUAACAUGAGUGUUGAUGAGACGAGUCUGUCAGUCACAGCAGUACACCAUCAGCCGCCCAGCGUGAACAUAUACGCAUCAUUAACACCUGUCUGAUGGCAGUUUACACGUGGAAACAAUCAAUAUGUAAUCGAAAUGCAUAUAAUAUCGAUAGUACCUAAACCUUCAAUUUCUUUUGCCUUUGUCCUAUUAUAUUUUUAUGUGCAUGUGCCUUCCGUGUUGUUACACCUUUCUUCCUAGAUUAAACGUCUCUAUUUUGUAGGUUUUCUUCAUGUUUUUCCCUUUCUGUGAACCUUGUUUAUAAAGUGUCCGUAAUCGUUUUGAUCAAUGUCAGUAUUUUACAAAUCACUUCUUUUUGGUUUUCAAGUUGCCAUGUCACACAACAUAUCGGUGAUAAUUUUGACGAAAUUCCAACUAUCAAUGGGCCGUGUACUUUGACAUAUUGAAGUUAAAGCCUUGUGAACUCAUUUGCGUUCAUCAUAUUUAGUUCCAAUGUGAAUGUCGCAUAAUACCUCGCAUGUCCAGUACCCGCAGUUUUCAUUCUAACGCCUCAUCUGUGGCUAAUGUUCAAUUAUGGUGUUUUAAAUGGUUAACCAAUGCCCCCUAUAGUUUGUCAGCUGACGAGCAGUGUAUGGAUGUAACCUGAUUAUCCAGUGAUUUCUCACACCCGUUAUGUGUCAUCAUUCCAAUCAAUCGAUAGCGUGGACGUUUAUGAAUUUGUCGCUCACAUUUAGACACCCAUUUGCUAAGACGAAGAUAUAUUAUUCUUGAUGUUUUAAUUAUAUGUUGUGCAACUAUUUCAGUGCUAUAAUAAUAAAUGCAUGUUCGAAUUUGA